CCACCUGCCUAAAUAUAACUAUUUUGUUGAUACAGUUGAGACUCGCCUGAUGUAGUAACUAUAACUACAUUCCAUAAAAACACAAAUCAUAAUUAUAUUUCGUAAUUACACUCUAAACUAUAGCAAUGUAUGGAAUUUUCUCUUACAUUUAGGGAAAAAAUGGAUCUUGAUUACAAGGGAGUAUCCAAUUAAGCCACUGUGUGCAAUUGCUAGUGCAUAUAAUGAGAUGAGCCUCAAAGUUAAACUAAGCCCAAUACCAGAGGCCAGAUAACAUCAUGUCACCAUGUCUGGGCUGGACUUUGUUAUUGGACUCUAAUGAAAAAGCUUAGGCCCAAUACCAGGCCCAACCAAACUCAUCAUUGGAAAUCCACAAAAAAGCCCAGAAAAAACAAAAAAUAUCAACAAACCAAACAUCAAAAAUAUCAAAAACCAAGAUAAGAUAGUUCUCUUCUUCAUCAUUCUACAGUUUCACACACUUUCCAACAGUCCUCAACCAUGUUUUCUCUCACAGUAAACUCCCCUAAACCUCUAUCUCUCUCCACCCCAUUCCUCCCUUCUCACCCCCACCCCCCACCCUCCAUAACCCACAAACCAAAUCUCACCCCAAAACCUAUAAAAAUAGUAUCACUUAUCAUCCCUCCAUCAGGUCAAAAAUAUUCAUUAGGUCCACAACAACAACAACUUUAUCAACCGUUUAGACCACCUCCCUCUCCACUUCCGCCUAAGUUCCGUAAUCUUGACACCAACUCUAAGUUGGAAGUUCUUGCUAAUCGUCUUGGCCUUUGGUAUGAAUAUGCUCCACUGAUAUCUGCUUUGUUUAGCGAAGGAUUUACUCCUCCAACUCUUGAAGAACUCACUGGGAUUACUGGUGUUGAGCAGAAUAGGCUAGUGGUUGGUGCACAGGUUCUUGAGUCUUUAGUUGAGUCUAAUGUUGAUAAAGAAACGUUGGCUUAUUUCGACACUGGAGGUAGUGAGUUGUUGUAUGAAAUUCGGUUGCUUAAUGCUAGGCAAAGAGCGGAUGCUGCCAGGUUUAGUGUUAGGAACGGUUUUGAUGCGAAGCAAGCACAGGAUGUGGCUAGGGCAAUGAAGGAUUAUCCACGUAGACGUAUGGAGUAUCUUUGGGAUAAGUUUGAUGGUGAUUCACCUGGUGAUUGUUUGGCUUUUUGGUUGUUUAGGUUAGCUCAAGAGCAUGCUGCUGCAGGUGCUAAGGAAUCGAGGGUGGAUGCAAUGGAGAAGGCGCUUGAAGUUGUGGAGUCUGAAAGCGGGAGAAAUGUGCUUGUCCAAGAACUACAAGGAAAAGAGGUUGCUAAAGAGAGUGUGGUUGAUGAUGCGAUGACAGUACCUUUGGUGAGGCUGAAGUUUGGGGAGGUAGCAGAGUCGACAACGGUAGUGGUUUUGCCAGUUUGUAAGGCGGAGCAGAGGGAAUUUGAGUUGGAGGCAGCGCCAUGGGAAUGUGUUGGCGUGGGGGAGUUUGGUGUAGUGGAGGCGGACAAGGAUUGGAGGAGAUGGGUGGUUUUGCCUGGAUGGCAACCAAUUGCAGGAUUAGAGAGAGGUGGAGUUGCGGUAGCAUUCAAGAGUGGGAAGUUUUUGCCAUGGAGGGAGAAGAGAAAGUACAAGGAAGAGCCAGUUUUGGUGGUGGCUGAUAGGGGAAGGAAGGAAGUGGCAUUGGAUGAUGGGUUUUACUUGGUGCUUGGUGUUGGCAAUGGGAGCGGUGACGAGGGAUUGAAAGUGGAAAGAGGAUUGACAUUGAAGGAAAUGGGGGUUAACAAGAGCUUGGGAAUGGUGCUUUUAGUAGUUAGGCCACCAAGGUGGGAUGAUGAAGAUCAACUGGUUGAUGAUGAUUAGGAUUGAGUUGAAAGAAAUCUAUAAAAAUGCAACCUUUGCUGUAUACUGUCAAUGGAGAAAAUUUUGGGUAUUACAGGAAUGUUGACUAGUUCAAGCUUCUCUUUGAUGCACGCAUGUGCAAGAUGAAAAAGCUUGAACAUAAACGAUGUUGUCUCAGCUGUUUUACAUUACCUAGUACUUUAUAUUAUUUAAAAGAAACAGAAAGUACAAAUUCUGGCUUCACUUGUAAUACUGAAGUGAAACAUUUGUUGAAUAAGAAAAACAUUUUUAUCUUU